AUGCCAUUUUGGAGCUCUGCACCAUCACUGGCUCCUGCUAAAGCCACAGCUGCUCAACCUGUUAUUUCGUCGGAUAGCCAAAAGAUUAAACAAGAUAUACAAAACCAAAUCAGUCAGGAAUUGGCAAUUGCCAAUGCCACUGAGUUGGUAAGAACGAUAACGGAAAACUGUUUUGACAAAUGUGUUGAUACUCCACAAGCUCUGUUUGAUAGUGUACAAGAGACUUGUAUUGCUCAAUGUAGGGAAAAGUACAUGAGAUCUUGGAAUACCAUCUCGAGGGCGUAUAUUGCUAGGAUUCAAAAUCAGUCGUGA